AUGACUUGUUGCAGAGAUCCGGCAUAUCAGUGCGAAAAUAACAGAAAUUCUCGUCUCAACUGUACUGGAAUAGCUGAAGCUGGUGGCUGUAUUACUGAAGUACCAUGGAUUGCAUUAAUGUUACAACAGGAAUGCCCACAUUCGUGUGGUUUAUGCGAAAUUUCAUCCUGCGUUGAUGAGAAUGAACUAUGUCCUUUGUUGUCAGAAAUAUGUAACCACAAAAGUUGGUUUCAGUUUAUGGAAGAAAUGUGCCCAAGAACGUGUAACAGUUGCAAAAAAAACAGGAGAACCACUACUUCACUGACAGGUGAUUAUCCUUUGCAGUAA